AUGUAUUGGACUGACUGGGGUGAAACACCCAGAAUAGAACGGGCAGGAAUGGACAGCAGCACGCGAAAAAUAAUUGUCGAUUCAGAUAUUUAUUGGCCAAAUGGACUCACGAUAGAUCUUGAUGAGCAGAAACUUUACUGGGCUGAUGCAAAACUGAGUUUUAUUCAUAGGGCAAAUCUGGAUGGUUCCUUUAGGCAAAAAGUUGUUGAAGGUAGUCUUACUCAUCCCUUUGCACUGACGUUGUCUGGGGACACUUUAUAUUGGACGGACUGGCAAACGCGCUCCAUUCAUGCCUGUAACAAAAGGACAGGAGAGAAAAGGAGAGAAAUAUUGUCUGCCCUGUAUUCACCGAUGGACAUCCAGGUCUUAAGUCCAGAUCGGCAGCCAUACUUUCAUACUCCAUGUGAAGACAACAACGGUGGUUGCUCCCAUCUGUGCCUGCUGUCUCCAAGAGACCCCUUCUACAGCUGUGCCUGUCCCACCGGUGUGCAGCUAGAAGACGAUGGCAGGACAUGCAAAUCAGGUGCUGAAGAAGUCUUGCUGCUCGCUAGAAGGACUGACUUGAGGAGGAUUUCCCUGGACAUGCCAGAUUUCACUGACAUUAUUCUACAGAUAGAUAAUAUCAGACACGCAAUUGCCAUAGAUUACGAUCCUGUGGAAGGCUACAUCUACUGGACUGAUGAUGAUGUCCGGGCAAUUCGUCGGGCCUACCUUGAUGGCUCUGGAGCACAGACUCUGGUAACCACAGAAAUCAACCAUCCAGAUGGUAUUGCUGUAGAUUGGGUUGCAAGGAACCUUUACUGGACUGAUACUGGAACAGACCGCAUUGAAGUGACCAGGCUGAAUGGGACAUCAAGAAAGAUCCUUAUCUCAGAAAACCUAGACGAACCGCGAGCAAUAGUGCUCAAUCCUGUAAUGGGUUACAUGUAUUGGACAGACUGGGGUGAAAGUCCUAAGAUAGAGUGUGCUUAUUUGGAUGGCUCAGAAAGGCGAGUUCUGGUGAAUACAUCCCUAGGUUGGCCUAACGGCUUGGCACUGGAUCUCGAAAGAGACAAGCUUUACUGGGGAGAUGCAAAGACAGAUAAAAUUGAGGUCAUAAAUGUUGAUGGAACAAUGAGAAAAACCAUCCUAGAAGAUAAGCUUCCACAUAUAUUUGGGUUCACACUGCUGGGAGAUUACAUCUAUUGGACUGACUGGCAGAGACGAAGCAUUGAAAGAGUUCACAAGACAAAGGCUAGCAGAGACAUCAUUAUUGAUCAGCUGCCAGAUUUAAUGGGCCUUAAAGCAACAAGUGUUACCAAAGUGUUUGGAACUAAUUCAUGUGCAGAGAACAAUGGAGGCUGCAGCCAUUUGUGUUUCUUUACACCCCAAGAGACCAGGUGUGCCUGCCCUAUUGGCCUUGAGCUGUUGAGUGACAUGAAGACUUGCAUCAUUCCUGAAGCCUUCUUAGUUUUCACAAGCAGAGCAGCAAUUCAUAGGAUUUCCCUUGAAACCAAUAAUAAUGAUGUUGCUAUUCCUCUCACUGGAGUCAAGGAAGCAUCUGCUCUGGAUUUUGAUGUCUCUGAUAACAGAAUCUAUUGGACUGAUGUUAGUUUGAAGACCAUAAGCCGAGCUUUCAUGAAUGGGAGCUCUGUUGAACAUGUGAUUGAAUUUGGGCUAGAUUAUCCCGAGGGAAUGGCUGUUGACUGGAUAGGAAAGAACCUCUACUGGGCAGAUACGGGAACCAAUCGCAUUGAAGUAGCCCGCCUGGAUGGACAGUAUAGGCAGGUUCUUGUGUGGAAGGACUUGGACAACCCAAGGUCUCUGGCUCUUGAUCCUACCAAAGGGUACAUGUACUGGACUGAAUGGGGAGGUAAACCUAGGAUUGUUCGAGCAUAUAUGGAUGGAACAAACGGCAUCACUUUGGUGGAUAAAGUGGGUCGUGCCAAUGACCUCACUAUUGAUUAUGCAGACCAAAGGCUAUAUUGGACUGACUUAGACACAAGCAUGAUUGAGUCAUCAAAUAUGCUAGGACAAGAACGAGAAAUCAUAGCAGAUGAUCUACCUCAUCCAUUUGGAUUAACCCAAUACAGUGACUACAUCUACUGGACAGACUGGAAUCUUCACAGCAUAGAAAGAGCAGACAAGACCAGUGGGAAGAACAGGACACUUAUUCAGGGCCAUCUGGAUUUUGUGAUGGAUAUAUUGGUCUUCCAUUCUUCACGUCAGGAUGGCUUGAAUGACUGUGUGCAAAAUAAUGGCCAUUGUGCUCACUUGUGCCUUGCCAUACCAAAUGGAUUUAGGUGUGGCUGUGCUGCUCAUUAUACCUUGGAUCCCAACAGCAGGAACUGUAGUUCCCCUGACAGCUUCCUGUUGUUUAGCCAGAAAUCUGCAAUCAGCCGGAUGAUACCAGAUGAUCAGCAAAGUCCAGAUAUUAUCCUGCCUAUGCAUGGUCUAAGGAAUGUCAAGGCUAUUGAUUAUGAUCCCUUAGAUAAAUUGAUCUACUGGGUGGAUGGACGUCAGAAUAUUAUAAAAAGAGCCAAAGAUGAUGGCACUCAGCCUUUCACUGUCAUGAGUACUCCAAACCAAAGCCAGAACCCAGAGAAGCAGCCACAUGACCUCAGCAUCGAUAUAUACAGCCAUACCUUGUACUGGACCUGUGAGGCCACAAAUUCAGUCAAUGUCCACAGGCUGAAUGGCGAGUCAAUUGGGAUGGUGCUGCGAGGGGAUCAUGACAAGCCCAGAGCCAUUGUAGUGAAUGCAGAGCGAGGGUACAUGUACUUCACCAACAUGCAAGAGCGAGCUCCCAAGAUUGAGCGUGCAGCCCUUGAUGGCACAGAGAGAGAAGUGCUUUUUACAACUGGGUUAAUCCGACCAGUAGCACUGGUGAUUGACAACAAAUUUGGAAAGCUUUUCUGGGUGGAUGCAGAUCUGAAGCGCAUUGAAAGCUGUGACUUGUCAG